GCGUGGGAGGCUGAGGGGAAGGGGAAGGGCGCGGAGAUGCCGCUGCCGGAGGACUACGAGGUCGCCGCCGCCUUUGCCAACCGCCGGAGAAGGGAAGGCACGGCACGCGGUUCUGGUAUCCGCACAAGCGUAUCAUCUGUGGGAUCUGAUUCUUGGGUCGAUGAUCCAAUUGCUCGCCACAUUAUAUCCCUUCAGAUCGACAAAGAGGAAGGGUGUGGUUUUAUGCUGUGGCCAGUGGUUCUUCAGAAACGUGGAGGUUAUUAUGUCCUUGUGCUGCCUCUGGUGGAUCCACAGUCGUUUAGAGCGUUCGAAAGCUUAUUGAAAAGACCUGAUUGCGGGAGUUCAGCCAAGGAGAAUGGCAAUCUUUCUUCCAUUCUGCUCAAUCUUCCGUGCAUAACAGGGGCUUUUAUGGUUGCAAAUGUUAUCGGGGACAUAAUUACUGGUGAUGUUGCUGAACCGGAGGUGAUUGUUAGUUCGGGCCCCUCUGUUGGUGGACUUUUAGAUUCAUUGACUGGAAGUAUAGGUAUUUCAGCCCGACCAAAACCUAUCACUGCACCUGUUGCAGCCCAAGUUGCAUCAGUUUCCUCGCCCGUAGGUGCUGCUCAGUCAGACUCUCUAAAAGGUGGCAUAAGACCGUUUGACAAGGAUUUACUCCGGAACUUCAUUAUAGGUGCUAUGCCUUUUGGCACACCUCAGGAUCUUAAUUAUGGCAAUGUUACUUCAGUUAGAACAACAGGAUUUUCAGCUGAUCCUCUUCCGACAGACCAGAAGCAACCUGCCUGGAAGCCUUACCUAUACAAAGGCAGGCAAAGGACUCUCUUCUCUAGCUUGGAGACUAUAAAUGCUGCACUCUAUGACCGUGAUGAUGUGCCAGAUUUCCUUUCUGUUUCCGGACAAGUGACCUGUAGGGCUGAACUGGAAGGGUUGCCAGAUGUUUCUUUGCCACUGACUGGGUUAAAAGCUGCUCGUGUGGAGGUAUCAUCGUUCCAUCACUGUGUUCAAGCUUCAGAGCCCAGUGGUGAUAAGCAAUCUCUCAUAUUUCAACCACCAAUAGGAAAUUUUGUUUUGAUGCACUAUCAAGCUCCAUGCAACAACGAUCCACCUGUUAAAGGAUUCUACCAGUUGUCUAUGGUAUCUGAGAACGAAGGUGCUUUUUUAUUUAAGCUAAGAUUGAUGGAGGCUUACAAAUCUCCGUUUCUUAUGGAAUUUUGCACGGUGACAAUGCCUUUUCCUCGAAGAAGAGUUGCAUCAUAUGAUGGAAAUCCAUCAGUUGGGAUGGUUUCAAUGACAGAACAUUCAAUCGAGUGGAGAAUUGUUUCAAGUGGCAGGGGCCUCAGUGGUAGGAGCAUUGAGGCCACCUUUUCUGGUACUGUUAGAUUUCAUUCUAAAACAACCCAGCGAGUAAAUUCAUUGUUUCAGUCAGUUUCAACCACAGCAUAUACUGAAGAUAGUGAUUGUGAGCAAGAUAACACUAAGAAUAGUUCUAACUUGGAUGACUACCUCAUGGAAAAAAUGAACAAGGACCUUCCAGCAGUUGACUUGGAGGAGCCAUUGUCUUGGCAUGCUUAUAAUUAUGCUAAGGUUUCUUUUAAGAUAGUUGGUGGCACGUUGUCUGGACUUAUAAUCGAUCCAAGAUCUGGUUGUAGCUCAAUUUGCUUACACGAUGUUUUCCAGUCUCAAGUGGCAAAAUGGCAACCAAAGCCUUUUUGUUUUGGUUUCCGUUUCCGUUGGAUUCAUUUCCAGUAUUAGUUAUUACCAUGUUUAAGAGAUUACUUAAUAAUAACUCCCUUAAAUAUUUUGACAUCCAUAAUUAAUUGGUUAUUUGUUCGUGCUGAAGUGGUAGUGCCUGAUAGGUGAUACAUAUUAAACUUUUCUUACAACCAUGCUUUGCUCCCUUACAUUUCCUGACCUUCAUAAUUAAGUGGUAAUUUUGUUUGUACUGUAUCAUUUUCUCCGUGUUUCAUUCAAAUAAAUGAAUCACAAUAUACACCAUGUUUUUAAUACCUUAACAACCUU